AUGUCCGACCUCCGCAUCGGCGUCCUCCUAAUCGGAACCCCCCAACUCCUCGACCUAUCCCCAAUCGACCUCUUCUGGAUGACCACCCCAUCCUACCUAACCGAAUGCUCCGCCCCAGCCCCUCUGCAAGCCCAAUCUCGCCCCUGCGAAAUCCACUACAUCGGAGCCACCCUCGCGCCAGCCCCAGUGACCGCAAACAUGACCAUCCUGCCCACAAACGCAAUUUCCGACUCCGACGUGGCCCCAGGCAAGCUCGACGUCCUCAUGAUCCCAGGCCGAGCCCCGAAAGCAGGCUCCCCAGACGACGAGUACCUGGACUUCGUGCGCGCGCACAAUGCGGCCGGGACUUCGAUUCUGAGCAUUUGCACUGGUGCUUAUGCUAUUGGGUAUUCGGGCAUUGCGGAUGGACGCACUGUUACCGGACCUCGACUGCUGGUUCCUGAGUUGAAGGAUAAGUUUCCUGAUGCGAACUGGCUUGGGGAGUUGCGAGUGAUUAGGGAUGAGAAUCUUUGGAGUUGUGGUGGAAUUACGAACGGACACGAUCUUGUCGCCGCCUACCUUCGCGAGAAUUACCCUGCUCCACUGGUGAACUUCGUUCUUGCUCUUGCGGACGUCACCGAGAGACCAAAGGCCUAUGCGGAUGCGAUGGCGAUGGACUUUGGCUUCAUGCUGUGGCAAGUCAUCAAGGCUGUUCCGAACUACCUGCUGAAGAAGCUCGGAUUGUGA